AUGGCGAGCAGUUCCCGCUGGCAAAUCGACGAGAGUACACGCCAGUCGAGUUUUCCGGCGAUCGGGCCACAGUUUUUCAAAAUAAUACACAAUGGCAUCGCUCAUGAUCCAAAGUUGAAAAUUCCAAGAGAGUUCGCAAAGAAGUAUGGAAAACAUCUGUCAAGCUUUGUGUUCCUCAAGGUUCCUACUGGUGCAGUAUGGAAAGUUGAAUUGGUAGAUUCCGACGGCGAUAUUUGGCUACAGAAUGGUUGGCAAGAAUUCAAAGAGUAUUAUUCUAUACGAUAUGGACACUUACUGGUAUUUAGGUUUGAUGGAAAUUCUCGUUUUCAUGUUCUCAUAUUUGAUAUGAGUGCCACCGAGAUAGAAUACGCAGUUGGUGCAGAUUCUAUUGAGGUAGAUGAUUCUGUCGAAAUCUUGGAUGAUUUUCCAACAUGCCAAACAAGGGAGAAAAAGAAGGAUGUUUCUCCUAAAUUUGUUGAUGAUUUUCCAACACUGCGGACAAGCAAUACUAUGCCAACUCGUGAAAUGAUCACCAUUGGUACAUGUAAAACAGAGAAUGCUACCAAUUGGGAGGCUUCGUCUCUGGAUUUUCAAUCUAGAGGCAUUCAAACUAAUGGCAUGAAGCUUGCCAAUUCGAAUGCAAAUGGGGAUUCCAUCUUUUUGACAAGAAAAAUUAAGAAAGAAUGCACUGGGGACACGGUCGCCAAAACAAGACACAUGCAUACCAAGGUUCCUGAAAGAAGGCAAUCAAUUACUGUUGACGAAAAAUUUAGAGCCCUUCAAAGAGCCAAAGCUUAUAAAUCUGACGAUCCUUUUAUUGUGAAGUUUAUGCAACCAUCUUAUGUAGACCAAAAUAGUCUGACUAUACCAUUAGUCUUUGCCAGGCAAUAUUUCUCUGAUAAGCAGAACAUCAUACUUCGUGUUUCCGAUGGGAGAACAUGGUCGGUUAAGUGCAGUUUUGGAUCAUUAAAUGCAAAAUUCAGUAGUGGUUGGGGAUCAUUCGUGCAGGACAACAAUCUAAAGGUAGGUGAUGUUUGUGUCUUUCAGAUGAUUAAGGGCAUUGAACCUUCGCUGGAAGUCAUCAUAUUUUGA